AUGUCUUCUACUACUACGAAUAGACCAUCAGGCGCCAUGACGAACGCUGCGCGGUCCCGAUUCGGAGGAGAUUUUGGUGCGGCUCCCGGCAGACCUAACAACGAUGAGAGGAACUCACAACCCGCCUCUUUGACCCAAGCCUUUGGCAAUGGCGGCUCCUGGCAAGCCUCGAGUGGCAUCUGGGGUAAUACUGCAAUUGGUAGUGGAUUUGCCAACGCCAAGAGAGAGGUUUCACGUUCUCGAGGUGCGUUUACAUGUCAUGACAAGAAGUUCGGCCGUACUAAUGUCGCGGUAGCGGCGGUAGAGGACGACAGUGAUUUUCCAGUGCCCAGUGGAUCAAGUGCCCUGAGAGCCUCAUCCCAAGCCGAUCCAUGGGGGGCACCGGCGAAUGGACCGUGGAACGCUCCAGAUACCACAUCCCCUACUACUCUUCAAUCCUCUCAUAGCGGAAGCACGUCCCCGUCUCAUGUGCGGAGUAGUGUUCCCACAGCUUCUCAGACAACUCUAUCCGAGCUGCAGAACCAAUACCAGCAAUCACGGAUUGGGCAAGCCACAACAUUCCCUAGGGUAACUCCCAAGAGCAACCUUGAUCCUUCUUCUGGCCCCUUCAAGUUCGGCCGAAAGCCAUCCUUCGUUUUCCCAGAUGACAAGGAGAACUUGAGUCAAUAUAUCCCUGGCCCAGAUGAUUCCUACGACUAUGAUAAUUCAGGCAGAAGUUUCAAGGGAGAUCAUUUUAACCAACCAAAUUACCUGCAAAUUAGUGGCAGUGCGUCAAGGGAUGGCAGCAUGCCUCCUUCAAGGUCGUCCGAUUCUGGUCUGAACGGAGGCAGCCUGCCUUAUGGGACCACUUUUGGGUCUAUUGGACACACUCCGAACAAUUCGAUACACUCGCAGCGUCCAUCGUUUUCCGGCCCGGCCGUGUCUUUUCCCCAAGGUAACAGCUCACGAUAUAGUGAUCCGGCACAGCAUGAUUCCGAUUUGAGUGAUCGACUUGGAGGUCUUGCAUUUGGUGAAGAUUCACUAGACAACCCAAAAUAUGCACCGCAUAGCUUUUCCCAGAAUGGAAAUUCGAUGUGGGAUGUACCGAACGGACCCAAAAGCCUGACCUAUGAUCGCUAUGCGUCACAGCCGUUCCCUGACCAAGGGUAUUUCAAACCUCAUUUUGGGGAUAGAGGAUCUGUUUCUCCUGCAGAUAGCGACUACCGCCGUGGCUACAACAGCCCAAAAUAUUUCUCUGCAGCGGGAACUCCGCCGUCAGGGUCAGACCAGAUUUACCGGCCGGUCUCGAGGGGACAACGAAUCCCGCAGGGUCCCAGCGAGCUCGACCGAAGACUCAUGUUCGCUCAACAACAAUACAUAUACCCUCCAUUCCAAGGUCAAUAUCCUCAUGCGUACGAUUAUCCUCCACCAAACUUCAGGCAAGGGAGUGUUCCGUACGGAUAUCACAUGCCAAUGCCUCCAUAUCAAACAACGCAGGGCGUGCCAACAAGACCGAAGGAGCAAGAUGUUGGUGUAGGUGUGCGAAGUGUUCUCUUGGAAGAAUUCCGGUCAAACUCCAAAUCAAACAAACGAUAUGAGCUAAAGGACAUUUACAAUCAUGUCGUUGAGUUCAGUGGGGACCAGCAUGGAUCACGUUUCAUUCAGCAGAAGUUGGAGACUGCAAACAGCGAUGAGAAGGAGCAGAUUUUCCGCGAGAUUCAGCCCAAUGCUCUCCAGUUGAUGACCGAUGUAUUCGGCAACUAUGUGAUUCAAAAGUUGUUUGAGCAUGGUAACCAAGUUCAGAAGCGCGUACUCGCAGAACAAAUGAAGAACCAUGUCAUGGAGUUGUCAAUGCAGAUGUAUGGAUGUCGUGUUGUUCAGAAGGCUUUAGAGCAUGUCCUUGCGGAUCAGCAAGCUGAGCUCGUCGAUGAACUUCAAGCCGAUGUUCUCAAAUGUGUCAAAGAUCAGAAUGGCAACCAUGUUGUGCAGAAAGCCAUCGAGCGUGUCCCCACUGAGCAUAUUCAGUUUGUCAUCGAAGCUUUCAGAGGUCAAGUACAUGUUCUCGCCACUCAUCCUUACGGUUGCCGAGUCAUCCAGCGGAUAUUGGAAUAUUGCAAACCUCAUGAUCAAGCCGCCAUUCUAGAAGAGCUCCAUCAAUGUGCUUCGAUGCUCAUCACGGAUCAAUACGGCAACUAUGUUACCCAGCACGUCAUCCAACAUGGGAAACCAGAAGAUCGAGCAAAGAUCAUCAAGAUUAUCACUGCGCAGCUCUUGACCCUGUCGAAACACAAGUUCGCAUCAAACGUGGUUGAGAAAAGCAUUCAGUUCGGCACGGAUGAACAAAGAAAAGCCAUUGUUGCUCAGUUAACUGCCAUGCACAGUGAUGGGACUAGUCCGCUACAGCUCAUGAUGAAGGAUCAAUACGGAAACUAUGUGAUCCAAAAACUUCUAGCACAACUCAAGGGUGCCGAGCGUGAUGCGUUUGUAGAAGACAUGAAGCCGCAGCUCGUCCAGCUCAAGAAGUACAACUACGGCAAGCAGAUCGCCGCCAUCGAGAAGCUUAUCUAUACUGGGCCGCCUCCUUUUAUCAAUCCAUCUUCACUUGUUAGGCCCAAUCAUACGAUGCCGAUGGAAAUCAACUCCAGCGCCCCAACACCAAUGCUGACAAACGGACAAAACAGCCCUCAAAGCAGUAGCCUCCCCAGCACAAGCGUGAGCACAAUCGACGAUCCCACAGACAGCAACUCCGGUAAGACAAUCGGGGAGAUCGCUGAAAAGACUUGCCCGGAGGUCGUCAUCAACGGCGCAUAG